UCCCGCCGACGGUUGGCCACGUCACGUGACGUGGGCAGGAAGAUGGCGUCUCCCACGGAUGGAACAGAUUUGGAAGCCUCUUUGCUAAGUUUUGAAAAACUUGAUCGUGCUUCACCAGAUCUUUGGCCUGAACAAUUACCAGGUGUGGCUGAAUUUGCAGCUUCCUUCAAAAGUCCUAUUACUAACUCUCCACCCAAAUGGAUGGCAGAAAUAGAACGUGAUGACAUUGACAUGUUGAAAGAACUGGGAAGCCUAACGACCGCUAAUUUGAUGGAGAAGGUACGCGGCUUACAGAACCUUGCCUAUCAGUUGGGGCUGGAUGAGUCCAGAGAGAUGACACGGGGGAAAUUUCUCAACAUUCUAGAGAAGCCCAAGAAGUAGCAGCUGCAUAUGAACAUGUGUCCUGGACACGGAAACCAGCUCCCGUCCCAAGUGCAGCUCUGCACACUUCUCGCUUCCUCAGGAGAGGCCAGAGACUGACCCUCAGGCCCCCGCUCCCCUGCUCCUGGCACUCCUGUCCUCUGAGGUCCGUCAGUGGCAAGAGAAGAAUCUUCUCUACCCACGGAUCAUCCAUAACACAGCUGCAUAGCCUCAGAUAUUGGUAAUGCUGGAGGUUUCAUCAUUCUUAAGGCCAACACCGUACUCCCGGGUCUGGAAGUGAUCAGGAGCCCCACGAUCUUCCAGUCGACUUGAUUCCACAGUGGCAGAAUCCGUGGUGACACGCUGAUUGGAUGGCUUCUUUGAGUUGUACUUGGCUUCUUAGGAAGUGUUUAUGAUGUGAAGAGAUUGCGUCCUGACCUGUGAGCUCUCUAGUAUGUAAAAGGUUCCACAACUGGAGAAACCAGACUCUUCUCAAAAUGUCCCGUGCUUUUUAAAUUCUGCACCUCCCACCCUCUGCGGCUCCCACCCUCAUGCAUUCCCACCUCCCAAUCCUGCCUUCUGGUCUAGCUCCAGGCAAAGGACCCCCUGAGGAGUUGUGAGUCCCUCCUGGAGUUCCCUUGUCAAGGGAUAGGCACAGGCUAGUCACAUUGGGUGCUAGGGCUCAAGACCUAUAGGAAGGU